AUGCAAGCCAGUGGGGUGCCAAGCAGUUCAUUGAAUAUCGAACGUGCACCGUUUAUGUCGUCUGGCUUCGUCUCGGGAGGCACCAUUGAUGAACCAAAUGAAAGAGACGAUGAGUGGCGGCGAACUCAACAGGAGUUGGAGGAGGAAAGGCGGCGGAAGGCGGAGCUUGGAAAGCAGAAUGAUGGGAAAAGUCUCUAUGAGAUUCUGCAGCAAAACAAGAUGGCCAAGCAAGAGGCAUUUGAAGAGUCGAUACGACUAAAGAAUCAAUUUCGUGCCUUGGACGAAGAUGAGGUCGAGUUUCUAGAUUCGUUGCUAGAGUCAACUCGAGCUCAGGAAGCUGCCGUAAAGAAGGAGACUGCCGAGCAGUUGGCAGAGUACCAGCGUCAACGUGAAGAGGCCGAGAGAGCUCUGAUUGAAGCCGGCGGGCAAAACAGCUCUGGCAGCGCUACAAAGCCAACAGGGGAUGAAGAACAGUGGGUUGUUGCAGGGAGGAAACGCAAACGAAAUAGAAAAGACUUCUUGGUACCUCCCAAGAUCCGUAAAUCAUCAUUCACCGCCGAUGAUGCCUCUACCGUGUCAGAUCAGAAAGAAAAGCCUGCAACGACAAUAUAUAAGGACGUGGCAAAAGAUUCGACACCUUCUGCUUCCUCUAAGUCAGCACCAAAGCGCAUCGAGACUGUUUCCGAUGAAAGCCCGAAAGGCAGAGCAACCAAUACCGCAUCCUCAAAAGACAGCACCCAACACAAGGUAGCAACUGGACCGUCCCUUGGCCUCGUUGCAUAUGAUUCCGACGAAGAUUCUGGUUAAGCAACUUUGACUCUAAACGAAGUAGAAAGCUCCUUUGCUGCGCGUUUCCUUACCGGGAUGCAGGCUUCCUGUGCUUGGCAGGCACUCAAAUGAGGCCACGAAGUUGUUCUAUCCAGGUUCUCGUCUGCAAGUAUAUACGGAAACAUCCAAUGAUCUACCCAACCCACACUAAGCGCAAACAUGCCCAUCACUCAGAUUCAUCAUAAAAGGCUUCUGGUGGUUACAAUUUCAAGAAGAUAUAAGCAAUGAUGAUUAUCACCGUCGUCACGAUCGAGCAGAGGUUCUUUCAUCAACGAUUGGUGUUUGUCAUUUAGGACUGUGUUGCAUUGAGUGGAGUUUUUAUUGUGAAAACGGGCAUACAAGUACUUUGGCAGUCACACUGGGAUCUCUGGUUUAAGUCAAUGCAUGUCUUCCGUCAGCAAAGCCGAGCUUUCAAUUGGUGUCGAGAUU